GGCUUUGUACAAACUGUCAUUCAGACGGCACCGUUCCUGAUUCCUUGAAAUGUACUUGUUCUUAUACAAAGAGAACAAAAGAAGAAGCAACGGCGGGUAUCAGAAACAACAGCAGAAAAGCAAUGAAGUCUGCCGAUUUUUCAUACCCAAACAGAGCCUUAACAGACACGCGCUUCGCCGAUUUACACCCGCCAUUAUCGGAGUCAGUUGUUCAUGCCUUAACACAAGCCGGUUUCGAGUAUUGCACGCCGGUACAAGCAGCUACAAUUCCUUUGCUAUGCCGUUACAAGGAUGUCGCAGUCGACGCCGCCACCGGCUCUGGAAAAACCCUAGCUUUUGUAGUACCACUCGUGGAAAUUCUUCGGCGACUUUCCUCUCCUAUUAAAUUGCACCAGGUGAUGGGAAUAAUUCUCUCUCCUACUAGGGAGCUGUCUUCACAAAUAUAUAAUGUUGCUCAACCUUUUAUUGAAACUUUAUCAAAUGUUAAGUCCAUGCUUCUUGUUGGAGGUGUGGAUGUGAAAGCUGAUGUGAAGAAAAUAGAAGAGGAAGGAGCUAAUAUAUUGAUUGGAACUCCUGGAAGGUUAUUUGAUAUUAUGGAACGCGUAGAUAUCUUAGACUUUCGAAACCUUGAGGUUUUAAUUCUGGAUGAGGCUGAUAGGCUCUUAGACAUGGGAUUCCAGAAACAGAUAACUUCUAUUAUCUCCCGUUUACCCAAGCUUCGUAGGACUGGUCUUUUCUCAGCUACUCAAACUGAGGCAGUUGAAGAGUUAGCUAAAGCUGGACUUAGGAAUCCUGUGAGGGUUGAAGUUCGAGCGCAAACAAAAUCACUGAAUGAAUCAGCAUCUUCACAAUUAUCAUCCUCAAAAACACCAUCAGGCCUUCAACUUGAGUAUUUGGAAUGUGAAGCAGAUAUGAAACCAUCUCACCUUGUCUCUCUGCUUAAUAAGAACAAAUCCAAAAAGAUUAUAGUAUAUUUUAUGACAUGUGCUUGUGUUGAUUACUGGGGCGUUGUUCUUCCCCGUCUUACUGCUUUGAAGGAUUUUUCUUUGAUUCCCCUUCAUGGGAAAAUGAAGCAGACUGCAAGAGAUAAAGCUUUGGCUUCAUUUACAUCUCUAACAAGUGGCAUUCUUCUAUGUACGGAUGUUGCUGCACGUGGACUUGAUAUUCCAGGUGUUGAUUGUAUAGUACAGUACGACCCCCCUCAGGAUCCCAAUGUUUUCAUUCACAGAGUUGGGAGAACUGCUAGGUUGGGACGACAGGGAAGUGCUAUUGUUUUCCUGUUGCCAAAGGAGGAAGCUUAUGUAGAAUUUCUGCGCAUAAGAAGGGUUCCUCUUCAAGAGAUGAAAAUUACAGAUGAUGCUCCUGAUGUUGUUCCACAGAUACGAUCUGCUGCCAAGAAGGACCGUGAUGUCAUGGAGAAGGGACUGAGAGCUUUUGUGUCAUUUAUCCGUGCUUAUAAAGAGCAUCAUUGCUCUUAUAUUUUCAGAUGGAAAGAGCUUGAAGUUGGGAAGUUGGGCAUGGGAUAUGGCUUGUUGCAGCUCCCUUCAAUGCCGGAGGUAAAGCACCACUCACUUUCAACUGUUGGUUUUACUCCAGCUGAAGACAUCAAAUUGGAGGACAUCAAGUUCAAGGAUAAAUCUCGUGAGAAACAAAGGAAGAAGAAUUUACAAGCCAAGAAAGAAAAGCAACAGCAAGAACCGAAGCCCCAAAAGCCCAACAAGAACCCCAGUGCUGCCCCGACAGUUAUGAGGAAAAAAACAGCUAAGCAGAGACGGGCUGCCCAAACAGUUGAAGAUGAAGAUGAGUUGUCUCGGGAAUAUCGUUUAUUAAAAAAGCUAAAGAAGGGGACUAUUGAUGAAAGUGAGUUUGCAAAGUUAACAGGAACAGAAGAUCUACUAUAGAAAGCAGGAUCUGCAAAUGGUCAUUUUUUGAAUCGACAUGAUCAGAUAUCUGCUGGGACCUGAUGGUGAAAGUUUCAAAAGCAAGAAAGGGAGUUCAAAGUUCUUGUUAGGCAGAUUGAAGUCAUCUGGAGUUUGUUUCUAAGGCUAUCUACUCAAACAUAUGGGCGUAUUUAUGGUGAAGAAAUUUCAACCCGAGAUAGAAAGAGCUGGACUCCCUGUUUUCAUUUGUAUUCAUUCAUAUGAAAUUUGAUGCAUCUGUCAUUCUUUACUUGUUUAGAGCAAAGCACCAAAAAUGUCGAAUUGUCUUUGAUGGUAGUUACUAUAAACGUAUAACAAAAUUAUAUACAAUUUUGUAGGAGUUGUAAUCAUUGUCAGUGAUUACCAAUGUAGACAAAAUAUUACCAUAUGGUGAUGCAUUUUUGUACGUAUAUGUCAAUUAUUGGAUAGAUUCAAGCUGGAAUUCUUUA